CCCCGUCAUCGUGACCUUUACCCUCAAUGGCGCGCGGCACUACCAUGAACCGGGGGAAACCAACCGCACGUUGCUCAGUCAUCAUCAACAUCUUCUCAUAUCAGCGGUGUCCCCAUUUACUCCAAACUGCUGUUCCCAGCUUGUGCCUAUGCGCAUUGACUUCACAAAGAUCGAAUCAGAUGUCGGGUCCCCAAGCUCGCCGUCCUCUCCGAGCUAUCUGAUCAUAUAAACGCCUCGGGAGAUCCUCUCCAUGAUGGUGAACCUCCACGAUUCCCUCAAGGCUCUUGCUCCCUGCAGAUUCUCGGACAUCCCGCAGAAGCAUGAUGAGCUAGAUCCCUUCUUAUCCGACCUCUUCUCUCAAGUCCAGACGAUAGUCGAGUCCAUACCCAUCCCCGAUCCUGAUCCUACUCACCGACAUCGUUCACACACCACGGGCUCAAUCACCGCCAGCAGUGCCUCCGAAAUAUUCACCUCGUCCGCCCGGAGCUCCCCUCCGGCCCCGGAAUAUGCAGCCCUGCAACAUGAGUGGGGGAAGCCUAUAAAGCUUGCGGCGAAAGAGAACCCGCUGGGUAUAGCUGUCUACAAAUUGGCGAGCAAGGACGGAAAGGGCUCGUGGUUCGCUCGAAGGAGCGUGCAUGAAGGGCUUGGCUUCAAUCGCUUUAAGCGCGGGUUCGAGCGGGAGUUUCCCACUUCGCUCGCUGUCCAAGGAAAACCUGGUGAAGGGAAUGUCAGAGGUAUAGGCGCAGAGACGAAGGUUGAGGAAAUCACGGUGCCAAAUCGUGGAAAGAUCGAAGUAUAUCGCCUCAGUGCUCAGUUCCCAGGACCUACCACUCCCCGUGAUUUCGUCACUCUUCUGGUUACAUCGUCCAAGGCAAUUAAGCACCAUGCGGACUCCCAUAAAGCACCUGAUCUGGUCCCGCGGCAUUACAUGAUCGUUUCUAAACCAUGUGACCACCCCGAAACGCAGCCUCAGAAUGGCUUCAUUCGUGGCCAGUAUGAAUCGGUAGAGUUCAUUCGCGAGGUUCCCAGAAAGCUCAAAUCCACUAUGUCAUCGACGGAUUUGGGUCACUUGAGCCACCAUCGAGCACCCUCACCGUCGCUUGAGAAAGACGUCCUAAGACACAAUGCAGAGAAGCACGCAACGGACGCUGACCCGCACCACCAGGACGACCAUAGACAUUUGAGAGUCGAUACCCACGGCUCGGGACUCAGGGAACCCUCUCCAGGCAGCAGAAAGAGGAGCGUUACGGUCGAUGCCCCUGGGAGUCCUAUCAGAACUCCUGAUCCCGCUGAACCCUUUGACCCCGAAGAGAACCCCGUUGAAUGGAUCAUGGUUACUCGAAGCGAUCCAGGGGGCAGUGUUCCUCGAUUCAUGGUCGAGAGGGGCACUCCUGCAAGCAUUUGUGCAGACGCCCUGAAGUUCCUGGACUGGGCUUGUCAAAGAGAGGACGACGAAGAUGACGCUGACAGGACCGAACAACGACCUAAUGGCCGGCGGCGUGAAAGCUUUGCCAGCUGGGAAGCAAACGGGACCCUUGCUGGGAUUAAGGAACACGAGGAGAGCCUUCAAGCCAUUGGGCAAUCACCACCCAGUACACCGAAAGCGUCGGCUGCUCAUGCACCAGUGUUAGAUGAGAGUGGCUCAAUUGAAUCUCCGCCGGAUACGCCCGCCUCAUCUUCCAGUUUGUUGAAUACGGUGACGGCCGCCAUCAACUCGUACGCUCCACAGACAGUCCGCGAACAUCUACCUCAAAUUGGGAACCCCGAAGUCGAUGGCCAGCAGGAUAUAACCAAGGAAGAAAUACAGCAAGGGGAUAAUCCGGAUGGCGACGACGAUGACGCCUCCACGAUUUCAACCACUUCAUUUGCGUCUGCCGACUCGCACCUGACGUCCGAAGAAUCCCCCUCAGUUUCUUCCAAGUCCCUCUCGGAGCAGACCGACAGUCUACUCCUCCAGCAGCAUGACAAAGAAAUGGCGAGACUCUCGGAACGCAAGGCAGCCGUGGAUGCCAAAUUUGCAAAGCAGCGUGAAAAGCUCACAAGCCAAGCGAGUAAAGACACGGAAAAGGAGCAGCACGCACUGAGGAAGGCGGAGGAGAAACACCAGCGGGAACUCAAGAAACAUGAAGAAAGGUAUCACAAAGAAGUUGCCAAACUGGAGCAGAAGAGAAAGAAAGAGGCGAAGAAACUGGAGGAGAAGAAACGCAAACAAGUUGACAAGGACGAAAAGUCACGUCUAGCCAGAGAACGGGACGAGGCAAGAGCCGAGCUGGAGCUCCUGAAAAAGGAGCAAGAAAUGCUCACCCGCCAGAUCGGGGAACUGCAGAGAGAGAAUACCACCCUGACGGCCCGAAUAGGGAAACUCGAGGGAAGCGGCACGUCAAUCGAGAGUCCGGCCGGUGGCACCAAUAGAUUCAGAGCCAUGACGUUGGGACAGGAGAGUCGCGGGCGGAGUUCGAGUCUGAUGAAUCGGAAAAAGGACAAGGGAGACACGAGUAGCCAGCAUUCAUGACCAGCGGAUGUAGCUUUGCAACCGUCUUCUGUCCUGGAGGAAAAGUUCAUCGAGGGUCAAACUGGGGAAGACGCACACCGGACAAGGCUGGCGGCGAUCUGGCAGAUUUCUUGAACGUUGAGUCUCUUGCUUCCGCUUGGCGGCGAGGAAUGGUCAAGUCAGAUAUGUAUAUAUGCAGCCCAUUGACCAUCUCCCUACGCUGGGCUUGAUGUUCCUUGUCUCACAUGUCUAUUUAUGAGACAGUAAAUUCAAUCUACUAUCAAAGAUCA